AUGAGAAUCCACACCGGAGAACGGCCUUUCAAAUGCACCGAGUGUGGAAAGAGCUUCAGAUAUCAGACAAACCUUUUGGAUCACAGAAGAAGUCACACUGGAGAGAAGCCUUUUGAUUGUCCUCAAUGUGGCAAAUGUUUCUCACGUAAAGAACAUCUUCAGACUCACAUACGAUUCCACACAGGAGAGAGGCCUUUCCCAUGUCCUCAGUGUGGAAAUCAUUUCAUAAAUAAAGGAGAUCUUAGUAGACACAUGAGAAUCCACACUGAAGAGAAACCUUGUAUAUGCACUCAGUGUGGAAAGGGCUUUAAAUGUAAAACAGGUCUUAAAAACCACAUGAAAGUACACACAGGAAAGAAGCCUUAUACUUGUCCGCAGUGUGGAAAGAGUUUCGUGUCUAAAGCAAACCAUCGCGAUCACUGUGGAAAGAGUUUAAGAUACAAAAGAAGUCUCAGCGAUCAUCUGCGCCUCCAUUCUGGAGAAAAAUCUUUUAACUGUGAUCAGUGCGGUAAAACGUUUGUCUUGGCAACAGCCCUAAGAAAACACCUGAAUACUCAUGAGAAGCCUUACUUGUGUCCUACUUGCGGAAAAAGACUUACAAGUCUGUUCAAUUUAAAAGAGCACCAGAAAAUACACACUGGUGUGAGAGAUCAUGUGUGCUCUGAGUGUGGAAAAUCCUUCAUAUCAAUUGACAGCUUGAAAAAGCACCAAAUAAUUCAUACUGGAGAGAGACCUUACACGUGCCCACAUUGUGGAAAGAACUUCAGUCGACCAGAAACGAUGAAAAGACACGAGCGAGUGCAUACUGGAGAGAAACCAUACCACUGCACUUUAUGUGGGAAAACAUUCAAACAAUCAAAUAAUCUACGGGUUCAUAUGAAAAAGCGUUGCCCAAAAUCAGAAAGUGAGCAAAGCUCAUCUUCGGGUCCCAGUUCUAGAAAUUCAGAUAAACCAAAACAUGGACUUUCUCCCAACAGAGUGAGCUAA